CUUUAUAUUGUAUAUUUGAUAUUGCACUCAUGUUAAUGGGUGAUUUUGCAAGAAUCCAAUGUUAUUAAAUGUACACACGGUGUGAUAAUCAUGGCACGUUUAUUGCCGCCGAGUGUUUGGUGUUUUAAAAGCUUCUGUUAUGUAUUUGAUGUAUUGCGAGUGUUCCGACAAAUGCUUAUAAAUAACUGAUAAAUUAGAGUAAUUACUUGCAAAAAGAAGGAGGCUGUAAGCAGGUGUAGUUUGGAGUCACGUGACAUUUGUUUUUCCGGAGAAAGCUACCGCUAAAGUCGCUUAUCCUUCAUGGAGUUAAAUCAGAAGGAAAACGCUACAUUUUCUGAACCAAGUGGAGGGAGUGAUGAGAAUGCUGGUACCUUUGAGAGCCGUGGUGUGUGUGACUAUGUGCUGACAUUUUUCUCAUUUUUGGUUUUUCUCUGUACACUGCCUUUAUCUCUGUGUUUCUGCAUAAAGAUUGUUCAGGAGUAUGAGAGAGCAGUGAUCUUCCGUCUUGGCCGGUUGUUACCUGGGGGAGCAAAAGGACCAGGGAUGUUUUUCAUUUUGCCCUGUAUUGACUCCUAUCAGAAAGUAGAUUUGAGAGUGGUAUCAUUUGAUGUACCACCACAAGAGGUGUUGACAAAGGACAGCGUGACAGUUGCAGUAGAUGCUGUGGUGUAUUUCAGAAUAUACAAUGCCACUAUGUCAAUCACUAAUGUAGAGAAUGCCAAUCGUUCCACACGUCUGCUGGCCCAGACCACAUUGCGAAAUGUGCUGGGAACCAAGAACUUGAGUGAGAUCUUGGGUGAAAGAGAAAGCAUCAGUGAUACUAUGCAGACCUCUCUGGAUGAGGCCACUGAUCCCUGGGGUGUCAAAGUGGAGCGUGUCGAAGUGAAGGAUGUGCGUCUUCCUCAACAGCUCCAGAGAGCCAUGGCAGCUGAAGCUGAAGCCUCUCGUGAAGCUCGUGCUAAGGUCAUUGCUGCUGAGGGUGAGAUGAAUGCCUCUCGUGCACUGAAGGAAGCUGCUGAGAUCAUUUCUGAGUCUCCUUCUGCUCUCCAGCUGCGAUACCUUCAGACCCUGACAACCAUCUCUGCUGAGAAGAAUUCCACUAUCAUUUUCCCACUUCCUGUCAACUUUUUGUCCAGACUUCUUCCAAGUGAGAACAAAUGACUAGAUGAACAGAAGAAAGACAUAGCCACUGAGUCACCUUUGACUGAAGUUAGUGUUCUUUGAACACUUAUUUUUAGUUAUAAUAACACUUAAAUUAAAGUGUUCAGUUUAAACCAAAAAUGUUACGACAAAGAAUUCUAGGUGAUGCACACUUUAAGUAGCUAAAUAUGAUUAGUCUUACCUAGUCAGGGUAGAUGUCAAAGUGUGAAUUUUCAAAGAUUAGCUUUCUUUUCAAAGAUACAGGAUAUAACAACCAGCGUGGUUAGUUGUUUACUGUAAGUUCUUUACCACACCCAGUAGUCUCAAGGGACAUUUGCAUGGUAAUUUAAUUCAGUUCUCACAUAGUGUGCAUUCUGUGAUUGUUAAGUUCUGUGUGCCUUCUUUUACAGAGAGGCCUGAUCGUGAACACGACCUUAAAUGUGUUUCUUUCUCCAGAGGAAGAGAUAAUGAUAUUGCAAAAGAUAUCCUGUCAACCUCACUUUCUUGGUUUAUACCAUGAUUAUGGAUCCUCAUUUUUUUUUUUCCUAUUGAUUUAUAAUCAACAUGAAAUUAACUGGAAAAAUCUUGAUACCGAUACAUCUUAUAGUGUGGAUCUUGAAGCGUUUGCUCUUGUUGCAGAUCAUGAAAAAGUAAGGAAAACAGAUAUUAUUUACUAUAACAAUUUUGGGUGUUUGCUUUGGUGUUUCAUGGAACUUGUGCCAAAUCAGCAAUAUUGUUCACCUGUCUGCAAACAAUUAAAAGCUGCAUGUACAGAGGAGUUAGGAGAAUGGACCAGAAUGAGUAUUAAAAGUUUCCAUCUGCAAUUGUUUUUGCAAACUAGAAUGUACUAUGUGAGAUAAGCAUUUUCUGUUUUUACUGUGCAAAGAAAAGAAAAAUUUAUAAGGCCAAGUUCAGACGCCGUACUUCACAUGAGCCGAAUCGAAUGCUAAUGAGGGAGAACAAAGGAUUUUUCUCAUUUGCAUUCGAUUCAGCUCAUGUGAAGUACAGCGUCUGAACUUGGCCUAAGAGUUAGGAGUUCCUUAAAAUAGUUUUGUAAAUUGAGAGGUUAUAAUCAGGAGAACGUUUGUACAAUAUGGCUGUGUUUUUACUUCGUUUCGUUUAUUGCUUAAAAAUAUAUUAACUAACUUCAGACUUGUAGAACUGCGAGGUCUAUAUAAAAAUCACCACAAACCUUCUUUAUAUAACAUUAGGUGGCAACAGAAAACAGAUCAGUAGAUGUGCGGUGAACAUAUUUUACUUAAAUUUUACUUUAACUGUCAUAUCUGAUAAAAUCUAUUGCACAGGUAAACUGGUGAUCAGUACAUUGGUGUCCUGAAUUUUUGAUUUUUAAGAAAAUAGGGGUAAACCCACUUUUGAAUAAAGAUUAGUCACAGAUGGUAUGAAACGUUGAGGAAUAUAUUUGUGAGGGAAAUGAUUGAAUAGAAAUUGGAUUUUAACUGACAGGAUAAAUUACAGCCAUUUUGUUUUGCUUUCUGCUUAUUAGCGAAAGAUAAGUGUUUCAGAUGAUUAAUUUAAAAUCAUAGGAUAGAGCUGGCCUCGUGUUGAAAGUCAAGGUCAAUUCUUUUCUGAUGUAUCAAAAUAUAUAUGACCAACUCUGGAUUUAUGGACUUCUUUCAGGGCCAGUAUAUAACACUUGAGCGAAAUAAAAAGUGACGUAAUCAAAGGUAAAUGUAAAUAAAGGCCAGCUGCCAGUGUGCAAAGACUUGUGCUGAGAAUGAUCAUACCUACUGUACUAAAUAAAACAAAUAAAACUACAGACCAAGUUUGGAACA